GGCUCGGCCCCGGGUUUCCCCCAGGUGUGGCCCGCGCUAUAAAGGGCGCUGCAAGCUGGCUACCGCCAGGUGCCCGCCAGGUGCUCGCCAGGUGCCAGGUGCUCGCCAGGUGCCAGGUGCCAGGUGCGCGCCGCCGCCGAGCGCUCCGAGCCGCCGCCAUGCUCCUCCCCGGCUUCCUGCUGCUCCUCUGGCUGCCCACCCUGCUGGCCCACCAUGGCCCCCCGCACUGGGGGGGCCCCCACACCCACGGGACCCCGCGCUGCUACUCGGCCGAGGAGCUGCCCCUGGGCCAGGCGCCCCCGCAUCUGCUGGCUCGCGGCGCCAGGUGGGAGCAGGCCCUCCCCGUCGCCCUGGUGUCCAGCCUGGAGGCGGCGGGCCGCGGGCGGCAGGAGGGGGCCCCCGCCUGGACCCGGUGCGCGGCGCUGCGGUCCGAGCAGGUGCUGGAAGCCGACGUGCACGAGCGCUCCAUCUCGCCCUGGAGAUACCGCGUGGACACGGACGAGGACCGCUACCCGCGGAAGCUGGCCUUCGCCGAGUGCCUGUGCCGCGGCUGCAUCAGCGCCAGGACCGGCCGCGAGUCGCCCGCCCUCAACUCCGUGCAGCUGCACCAGAGCCUGCUGGUCCUGCGCCGGCGGCCCUGCUCCCGGGACGGCGCGGGCGCCCCCACGCCCGGGGCCUUCGCCUUCCACGCCGAGUUCAUCCGCGUGCCCGUCGGCUGCACCUGCGUCCUGCCCAGGUCGGAGGCCCGGUGACCGGCCCGGGGCCCUCCACAUGGGAUCGGGGUCUCCGCGGAGAGGGCCCCUCCUAUUUAUGUGUAUUUAUUGGUUAUUUAUAGGCCCUGGGGUGGUCCCGGGGCUCCAGGGCGGGGAGGCCUCGCUCCAGGGGUCUUGGUGGUGGUGGAAACAGGGACGCCGGGAGAGCCACGUCCUGUCCCUGGGGCUGCACCGGCCCGGCCACUCCCAGCUCGCUCAGUGUGAACAGACACUUGGGGUCAAAGGCCCUCAGCACCUUCCGGAGCUUCUUGACACAGUGGGAAAGGGGUUCCAAUGCCCCUUCCGUCCCUGGGGCCCCCUGCCCAACGCCGGUCUCAGCCCCAUCCAGGCACCCAGGUCCUUCUUCCCAGCCGCCCCAGGAGAAAAAAG